AUGAUGAAAAUACUGGUUGUUAUUUUUUUAUGUGUUCAUACAAUCAAUUGCCUCGAACUAAAAAAACUAUCAAGUUGCCAAACUGCAUUAGGAAUGCAAUCAGGUUCUAUACCUGACUCAUCUAUAUCAGCAUCAAGUAGUUAUGAUUCAAAUAGUGUUGGACCUAAAGCGAGUCGAGCUCGAACUGAACAGUAUGGUGGUGCCUGGUGUCCAUCGAAUCAAAUAACAUCAACACCGCAUGAAUGGUUAGAAAUUGAUUUUGGUAAUUUAACUUAUUUAACACAAAUUGAAACACAAGGAAGAUUCGAUAAUGGUCGCGGAAAAGAAUAUGCUGAUUAUUAUAUAUUAAUGUAUACUCGAUCAAGUCAUUUAAAUAAUGGUAAUUCUAAUGAUAAUGAUGAUGACGACGAAGACUAUGAUGAUGAUGAUAGAACAUCAUGGAUUGAAUAUAAACCUAGAAAUACAUCUACUAAUGAUUAUAAUUCAUCAUGGAUACGUGCAAAUCAAAAUACUUAUGUGGGUGAAAUUCGUCAAUUAAAUCCACCUAUUGUUGCUAAACGUCUUCGUUUUUAUCCUGUUAGUAAACAAAGUCGAACUGUUUGUAUGCGUGUUGAAGUGUAUGGUUGUUUGUUUUCCGAUGGUAUUGUUUCUUAUAGCAUGCCACAAGGACGAAACGAUCUAAAUUCACUCGGCGAUGAUACUUAUGAUGGAAAAUAUAUGCCAGAAACAAAUAUGUUAAUUGAUGGCCUAGGACAAUUAUCAGAUGGUAUAACAGGCUCAGAAGAUAUGUCAUUUGUUGAUGGUCGUCAACCAUGGAUUGGUUGGUCCAACGAAUCCAAUACUCAUGUAACAAUCAUAUUUCAAUUUGAUUAUAUACGUCAAAUGAAUCGUGUAACUAUUCAUACAAAUAAUGUUUUUUCAAAACAGAUCUCAAUAUUUAAAACAGCAGUUGUUACAUUUUCAAUAAAUGGCGAACGAACAAGUUAUUCAAAUGCAAUUAUUUCGGAACAAAAUCGUGAUGAAUUGUUUGACAUAGCACGUCCAAUAUUGAUACAACUAAAUAAUCAUAUUGCUAAGUAUGUACGUUUAGAUUUAUAUUUUGAUUCAAAAUGGUUAUUAAUCAGUGAAAUAACAUUUGAUUCACAAAUUUAUAAUGAAAAACUUGACAAUAAAAAUGUUGAUCAUCUAUUCAAUAUAAAUCGGCAAACUCCAUUAUCGUCGUUGUCCGAUCCAAUGAAAAUGGUUACAGAUAUACGUAAACGUCAUCGGGAUGUCUUACAACCAACAGCAUCCGUACAAGCAACAACAAAGUCACAUUCAUUACCACAUUUCUCUAAUAUGAUUACGACUGAAUUAUCAUUAGCAUUUUUUAUUGGAGCAUCAUUAGCUGUUGGUCUAUUGUUACUUGUUUCACUAGUAUGGCUUAUAAGACGAAAGAAAAAACUUCAAUUUCAAAAAUUAACAGAAAAACCAUGCAAUAAUUCUUCAUGUUAUACUUAUCCAACAUUACCGAUACGUGAAUUUCAUGAUUUAAAUGCUCCUGUAACAAGUGCCGUUGAUGAUCGUGAUUAUGCUGUACCAGAUGUUAAUUUCUAUUCGACAUUUGCUCAUAGUCCUCAUAUGAAUCUUCAUAGAAAACAUAUACCACCACUAUCAUCUACUCCAUCAUAUACAUGUAGUCCACGAUUAGUACGACCAGCGAAUAUAAAUCGUUAUCCAACAUUAAAACCUCUUCCAACACAUUGUUGUUUACAUCAACAAUAUUUAACAAUGCAACAUCGUCAACCAUCCAUAAAAUCAAAUUCUAAUAUGAUUUUAUAUUGUCAAACAACAGAAGAAUUUCCGUCCAUUGAAGCACUUUGUGGAAAUAGUUUAAUGAUAAAAAUAAAUUCAACUAUUGAUAAUCAACAAAUAUUGAUAAAAGAAAUUCAAUCUGAUAGUAUAAAUUUCAUAGAGAAAAUUGGUGAUGGAUUAUUUGGUAGUAUACAUUUAGCUGAAAUGAAAUUAGUUGAUAAUGAAAAGCAAAAUGUUAUUAUUAAAUCAUUAAAUGAUAAUGUUGAAGAGAAACAUAAAUUAUUAUUUUGGAAAGAAAUUGAAUUACUAUCAAACGUCAACGAUUUUCAUGUAUUUUCAUUAUUGGGUACCAUAAAUAAUCAACGAACAGCAGCUGUAUUUGAAUAUCAUUCCCUUGAUUUAUAUCAAUAUCUUCGUCAGCAAUCUAUACCAAUGGAUAAUUGUUCAGCAUCGAGUUUUUUACUUUCAUUAGCAUGUCAAAUUGCGUCCGGAAUGAAAUAUUUAUCAUCAAAUCAAAUAGUUCAUCGAGAUUUAGCAGCAAGAAAUUGUUUGGUUUCAUCAAUAAAUAAUCAAUUACAUAUAACAGAUAUAGCGAUGGUUAAAUCUGAAUAUGCAAAUGAUUAUGCACGAGUUGGACAUUUACAAUCACGUAUUGCUUUACGAUGGUCUGCAUGGGAAUCGAUAUUUCUUAAUCAAUUUUCUCUUAAAUCAGAUGUUUGGUCUUUUGGUGUCACACUUUAUGAACUUUAUACAUAUGCACGUCAACGUCCUUAUCAUGCAUUAACCAACGAACAACUUGUACAACAAUUUGCUACGUUCUCACAAGAAUCAAUACCAACACUGCCAGUAAAUACUUUUGUUUCAUUAUCAAAACCAGAAUUAUGUUCAAAAGAAAUUUAUGAUAUGAUGUGUGAAUGCUGGCAACGAGACUCUACACAACGACCAUCAUUUGCUGAUAUAUAUACAUUUUUACUUGGUCGAGCAUCAGGCUCAGCACCAUUGGUGACACCUGAGCAACUAUGA